AUGCUUCGCCAAGAUGCCGUGGCAUGCGCUGCCUUUGGAAUCCGUGGAAUUCCUUCUGUUGUCCUGCUCAACUCCUCUGGGCAGUUGCUGGAUGACAGCGCACGAGGCAAGGUCAUGGAGCCGGGUUUCCUCCUGUCCCUGCCACGCCGCAUCGACUUGGUGUCGGCUGCGCUGCCGGAGCCGACGGGUUCCGUGCACUUGCGGCUGCGGUACAAAGGCCGCGAACAUGACAUGGAAUGCGAGCCCAGUGAAGGCUGGGAAAUGCUGCGCAAGCAGAUCUCCUCCAUGAUUGACGUGCCACCUGAGCAGUUGAAGCUGUUUGGACUGGGUCUUGACAAAGGCCAAGUGGAUGAAUCCAUCUCUCUAACGCGGGCCUUGGCGAGGAGCAUUGCGACCCAGAAAAAUUCAGGUCUCCGAGUGGCCAAGGUGCCGUUGGAAGCAAGACGGGCAUCCUCGAGCCACGAAGACGACAAGCCUGGGCAAAGGCGCGGAGACUGCAGUCCAUGGUACCAGCUCGACUUGGGGGAGGUCGAACACGUCGCUGGAGUGCUCGUGGCUGCACGCCGCGUGGAGUGUGGCCAAUGGGCCACAAGGUUCCGGGUUGAGCUGGCUGGAUCUGAGCACGGGCCCUGGACUUCCGCCGACAAUGGCAGGGAGUUUGCUGGGCCGAGCUAUGCAGACCCUGUGCGCGCAGUUUUCCAAAACGGCUCGCAGCUGGCUCGCUUUGUCCGAAUCCUGCCGGUGAGUCACCGGAACCAUGGCUCUCUCCGCGCAGACGUGCUGCUGGCUACCGGAGAACCGGACAAGCCGCCGGUAAUUGUCGCUCUGGGAAACUUCAGUGCAGGAGACCCCUUCGAAUCUGCCACACCCGAGGUGCCGGUGGAUGAGCAGGACUUGACGGUCUCGGGCGCCGAGGAGGAAGGGCACUCUUGCCACGAUGUGUCCAACGAGACCGUGGCCAUCAAGAAGGCAGUGAGCCGUCUGCGGGAGGAGCAUGCCGGCGGGCUGGCGCAGCAGCACCAGCAGGAGCUGGAGGCCAUCAACAAUGAGAUGGCCAGGAGGACGGAUGAGCUUCCAACGGAGCAGCAAGAGAAGCUGCGUGAGAGAGAGGGCAAGCUGUGGCAGCAGCAGAAGGAUCUGUCCGCGAAGUACGCCCAGCUGCAGGCAGAGUACGAGCAAGCGCAGCAGGAGGCCAGUAGCAGUCUCCAGGCUCGGGAUGCUUUGGAGAGAGCCGUCCAGACAGCAUGGGAUCAACAAGUGGAGCUUGAGCGGAAGCUGGAGGGCAGUCGCGCAGACUGCGAGGCCCGCGAGGUGCAGCUGAUGAAGCUUCAGCAAGAGCACGGCAGCUUGCAGCAGCAGCAUACGGAGCUGCAACAGGCCCACAAGUCCCUGCAAAGGGAGCAUAAGCGAUUGCAGACAGACUUCGAGCGGGAACGACAAAGCCUGCAAGCCGACAUCUCGGAUGCAAAGGCAGCCGCAUUCGACACAAUCAUGCAGAUGCGAGCUUCGAGGACCUCGCCUGCCGCGAUCCGACGAGACGACGAAGAGACGAUUCACCAGUCCGACUUUGACUUCGGGUCGCUUCAUCAGGCUGCGGCUCAGCUCUUCGAGCAGCCCAAGCCAGUUCCAGAAAGCGUCCAGCACAAGGUCAUCGAGGUCUUCCGGCGGUCUGGCAGCCGGGAGAUGGAUGCAAAGACUUUUCGGGACCUUUGGAACCGCGCCUUCCCGCACGAGAAGCUGGAGUUCAAGGAUUACGGCGAUGUCAAAGGCUUGCUGGGCAACAUCCCUAUUGUCGAGAAGGUGACCACGUACAUGCUGAAGAGCGAGGUCGAUUUCGUGCCGAACGACGAGGCCACAAGCUCUGACGCGGAUGCAAGGCAGCAGCACCGCAGCGGCUCGCCACGAUCCUCGGACUCUGGCUUUGUGGCGGCCCAGGAGAUCAUCCGACUCCAGCAGGAGGUCAGCCGUUUGCGUUUCCUGCUCCACAAGGAGUCCAAGGCAGAGGAUGCUGCUCCCGUGCUCGAGGAAAAGCAAUGGCGGGUUCCGCCACGCUUCGGCGGCAUGGUUUGGAGUGGUGGCGCAGUCCCGUUCAGCCUUGAACAGUGA